UCCAAUUCCCCAUCGUCUUCCAAUCCUUGUUCUUCUAUAAUAACCAAAAGAAAUCAAUUCCUAGAAGAUCCAAGUAAAAUGCGGAUUAAAUCCUUCUCUUUGGCUCUGCUGAUAAGCCUGGUUCUCGCCGGUGCGGCAGAGAGCAUCACGUUCGAUCAGAAGGAUCUGGAAAGCGGAGAGAGCUUGUGGGGUCUGUACGAGAGGUGGAGGAGCCACCACAGCGUUUCCAGGGACGUCGACGAGCUGCUGACGAGAUUCAAUGUCUUCAAGCACAACGUUAAGUUCAUUCAUGAGUUCAACAAGAAGGGCAGCUCCUACAAACUGAAGCUCAACGGCUUCGGCGACCUGACGAACCAGGAGUUCCGGUCGCUCUACGCCAACUCCAAGAUCAACCACCACAGGUUGCUGCAGGGAAGUCAGCGUCCCUCGGCUGCGGCCUUGCAGCGCGACGCGGGGGAUGAUCCUCCUCCGGCCAACGUUAAAGGAAAACAGAGACGCCACCACCUGCGCAUUUUCAUAACCCACUUUUCAUAA